CGUCAUUUUAUUUGAAAAGGAGAUUAGCCAGCGUGUAAUUUAACGGUCGGUUCUAUAACAGUAAAAUGCCGUGAUUUGUUUGUCAACGGGAGCCUUUGAUUGCGAACCAUGGUGCCUUUGUUUUACCAACGACAAAUUGAAACGAGAAAUGACGAAAAAGGCAAGUACACUGACUAAAAAAAGAUAGAAGGCGGAAAAUUGAGGCGGAAAAUGUCUAGAAAUGCUCGGCGGUUCCUCGAUUCUUCGCCUGGUGUGUUUGUUGUCGUUUCUGUGGCCACACGUAGCUUCGCUUUAUAGAACAACAUACAUAGACAACUUCAAACGCGCGCAGGCUGGAGGGGGCUUGAGAAGAAAUGCGUUUUAUUCCAGUUCUCAUCGCACGAAUUACUCUUGGUUGUCGAAAAUAAAUCCAAUGGCAUUGUCGUAUACCAGGAAAAACAAGUGGAGUCACUCCAACAGGCGGCAAGACAUUUACGAUGGUUCUGAUUUUGACUGGGAGGGCUUCCCAGUGGAAGACACCCCGACGUGGCCCCCAGACUACAACUCGUGGCCCCAAACAGCGACCCAGGCUCCUCCACAGGUACUACCAAAGUACCCACCAUUAGUACCCACCCAGGCGCCUCUUCAGGGACCCUAUCAAGUACCUCCUGUGGUACCCACCCAGAUGAGUGUCCCAGUAGUGCCUCAAGUUUCUCCUUCGUUGACGGUUUCCCAGGCAAGACCUCCAUUUUCAACAUCGCAGUCACAAAUCUGGCCAUCUCGACUUAAACCUCAAAACGAUAUGAAGUUAGUACUAGAAGAAUGUUAUUUUAAGAGCUUGUUUUACACAUGUGAGCUCCUCCAUUCAUAAAGACUUCGGCCUUAAAAAAAAUGGCUGCAAUUUUUCGUUCGAUUUUGGACCAUUCAAGAUUUUGUACUUUAAAAACGUUAAAAACGACACAAGAAAAAGAAAACUAAUUUUCAACCGUGUUCAGUUAAAUCACUUUUAAACAUGUUUACAUGCUGGUAUGAACUGGGCAUUAGUGUUUUCAUUUUAGUAAGCACGAUGGCCUGGUUGUUUGCGCGUUGCGAUCCGUUUGGAUCAUUCCUGGUUUGAGCUCUCCCCAGGUCAUUAUCACGGUGCCUAACGUACGGCACCGGCGAUCCGCUACGGCGACCUAACGGAUACAUUGUAUAUUUAUGACACAGGUUGCCUGUAAUGCUUGAAGCACACAAUGCAUCAAGGGUAUGCAGCCCAGGGCCACCUUUGAGUGUUAAUCCGUUGUUCAGGAAUUGUCUUGUCAUUGGGGACUCCAUCUCACUCGGCUACCUGACAACCGUCAAGGGCGAACUAAAAGGAUUGUGCCAGGUUCAACACGCGCCAUUUGCUAAGGGGUCUGGGGCGGUGGAUUCCAGAUACGGUCUGCAAUGCCUGUCAAUGAUGCUUCACACGACGGCACUGGAACCAACCAGUUAUGACGCAGUUGUGUUCAAUUUUGGAAUGCAUGACAUUGACUACAGCAAAUUGUUUCCGGAAGAAUUCGUCCCAUUAGAGGAAUAUGGACAAAAUCUGAUGAAGAUUAAAGAGCUUCUUCUCCAAAGUGGUGCUCAGGUGGCGUUUGCUCUGACAACUCCAGUUCCUGUCGCUGGACGAAGAAACAAGAGAGUUGUCAAAUACAACAAGGAGGCGAGAAGAGUUAUGGAGGACGGCAGCGGGAAGGUAGAGAUUGUGGACCUGCAUUCUGUCGUCAUUCAUGAGUGUGGAGAGCCCCCUUACGAAACAUGUAGCAUCAUGAAACGACCUCGGGAUGUGCAUUUUAAUCCCAAAGGAAAUCGUCUUCUUGGAGUGAAAGUGGGAGCCACAUUUCGAAGCCUUUUGUCCAAAGCUAAACCUCGAGGUCAAUUUUCUCCUCCUAAGGCUCCAGAACUGUCUGCAAGAGAAGGGUUGGCAAGUUCUUAUCUGCACGAUGAUACGUCGACAUUUUGUCCUGAUAUGGUGACCCGAUGCCCAACCCGGACCACGUGUUGCGAGAACUUGUUAUCUUUGACUGGAUACGGCUGCUGUAUGGAGCCUGACGCCGUGAAUUGCCCAGAUAAUUGGCAUUGUUGCCCCAGGGGAACACAUUGCUCGCCUGAUUGCAAUUUUCGAUCGUGCAAGUGUCUGUUCCCUUCUUUCCGUCCUUCAGCUGCGCCAAAGUUAAACAAGGAGCCAAAAGAAAGCAAAAUGAAGUCAAAAUCCCAUUCUGAAUUACAUUCUGCGAGUGUUAAGGUAUCGAAGGAAUCUGAAGGUAAGAAGAAAGUGCCCAAGACUGAAAAGGGAAAAAAGAAGAAAAAUAAGGCAAAAGAUACAAACGCAACUAAGUCGAGAAAGAAGGCUAGCGGAAAAUCGAAACACAAACUCAAGCUGAAAGAUAAGAAGAAAAAGAAGCACAAGCAAAGACGAAAGGACAAAGGAAGAGAGAAAACUAAAAAGUCGAGAAGCAAAGCGAAAGACAAAGGUAGGAAGUCCCGAAAACUGAAGAAAUUUAAGAAAACUAAAGCAAUCCAUGAAAUAAACAAGCACGUCGUUAAAGCGCACAGAACGUAUCAACAAAAUAAUUUCCAUCCUACCACAAAGCAACACUGGGUAACACUUUUGGAUGAUAGACUCAGUUCUGUUACGAAGCAUAAACCAAACAUCAAAUUCUCACACACCUGGGGGAGAAGGAAGCACCAGAAACUGUCUUUUAAAUCGAACGGAAACAAGAAAAAAGGACUCAAAACGGAUGCUUCCAUGGCGGACGAAUUAAAACACCUUAUUGUUAAACAUCGAAAAGAAAAGCUACGAAGAAGGUUGAAACUUCGCGUAAAUGACCAUACUAAGCAUAAACAUGGAAGUCAUAGAAAUAGGUUUAUUGAUCGGAGAAAAACAACUACAAGAAAGAAGGGGAAAGGAAGAUCGAUUCACCCGACUCAGACAAGAAAUACUUUUAAGCAUCGUGAUUUUAAUUCCAGUGCAAGACACAAGAACGUUAAGGCCGGAAAGACGCUUCAUGAAGUGAAAGCGGCAAAUAAAGUGGAAACGAAUAAAAGCAGACAUGAAGAACAAAUGUUAGGGCAUCAAAAUCAUGUUUCUGUGAAUAUUUUUAAUAAUUUGAGGCAGACAUUACACGAAAAAGUGAUAGCCAAAGAAAACAUUUCCCUUGGAUUAAAUCCUUUUAAACAUAAUGGGAAGAUUGCUGAGCAUUUCGCGACCAAAAUUUCUGACAACAAAACGGAUGAAUUAGGGAAGACCAGAUUUGACAACAUCUUGGAGAGUGAAACAGCAAAGGAUUCUUCGAAAGACCUUCAAAGGACUUCUUCAAGUAGCAAUAAAAGUGAACCUCAACAUAUGAAUACGGUGAAAUUGAAGGAGAUAUCAGACGCCUCAAGAAAUGCUUCUACUAGCUUGGUUGAACAUUCGCACAAUUCUACCUCUAACUCUUCAUCUGCUAAAAAUGAAGGCGAGUCUAGUAAUUCUAUAAUAGUUAGCGUUACCAGAGAGGGUCGAAUUCAGCCCCAAGUCGAUGAAAAAGAAUCGAGAAAAAACUCAUCAAUUAUCACCAAAUCAAACUCCACUAAAAGUGGAAAAGACCAGAGAACUGCAGGGGAAAAUCAAGACAGACUGGUGAAAGUUAAUGGAAAGGUUAAACACGGUACAAGGCAACAAAAUAAAACAUUGGUUACGAAUGAUGCAAAGAAUGCCUACAGUGUAGACAUAGACAGUGUACGUUUAGUGACAGGUAUGCAAUAUCAAGCCAAGGCGGAUUGGGUUGGCAGUGCAAGUGGAUUGGAAGCCGAAAACAUCUCCAUCGGAUCUGCAAGUGGCCUAGAGAUGUCUGCGGCUAGUGCAAAGAAUGUCUCCAGUGCAGACACAGACAGUGUACCUUUAGUGAUAGGAAUGGGCAAUCAAGCUAAGGCGGAUUGGGUUGGCAGUGGAAGUGGAUUGCAAGCCGACAAAAUCUCUAUCGGAUCUGCAAGUGGCCUAGAGACGGCUGUGGCUAGUACAAAGAAUGUCUCCGAAAAAAUCUCCGUCGGAUCAGCAAGUGGCCUAGAAAUGGCUGCGGCUAGUGCAAAGAAUGUCUCCAAUGCAGACACUAAAAGUGUACGUUUAGUGACAGGUGUGCACCAUCAACCUAAGGCGGGUUGGGUUGCCAGUGGAAAUGGAUUGGAAGCCGACGAAUUCUCCAUCGGAUCUGCAAGUGACUUAGAUAUGAAAACUACAUUUAGCGGUGAAUAUGAUGAGUCAAACAUUCGGCACAUAAAGGUGAUCCUCGGUGAAGACGACACUGAAAGCUCGACAACUGAUCUAGAGAAGAAUGAGACUACAAAGGCAUUGCCUUUAGUUUAUUCGUCAUCAGAAAGCUCAACAAAUGAAGGUGAAGGAUCAUCCAAAACAUCUCCGUGGAUAAAGCUGAAUGCGGAAUCCGAUGAUGUGGAGAGUUUCAGUGGUUCUAGUUUUGAGACGUUUUCUUCCGCAUCUGGUAGUGAUCUUCACUUUGGAGGCGAGGGUGAUAACGGUUAUGAAGAAAAGCCGGAGUAUGGUGACCAGAAAUAUUUUUAUUCCAGUGGCAGAGAUGACAGUUAUCAAUCUGGAUUGUUACUUUCGAGCGGAACGACUAGUUUGAACCAGUGGCAAAGGCCUCAAAUUAAAGUAAAGGAGGACGAACAAAGCAUUAAACAGCAAAAUGAACAUUAUCCUAGUGACAAUAGCUUAUUGACCGAUCUUUCUCAGAUGUCAUACAGUGACUGGGAUGAUGCCAGGGAAACAUAUAGUGGGCUUGGAAGUGGUCAUUACGAAUCAAGCACAGACCAAUGGGGUACCGGUAGUGGAGUGGACGGAUUUUCCUCAGAGAGUCUUUCCGCUGAGGCCAAACCAAUUUCUUCGAGGAACUAUAUAGCUGCAAAGACCUUAAAUAUCGCUAACUCCAUCCAUCAAAGCAGUGGCGAUUCAGAUGAAGAACGCAAAAAAAAUGAGAUUGUCAGUAGGGAGGGUAUGAACUUGGAAAAAAGAAACCAUGUUUUUACUUCGAAUUCAGGCAGUCAAAUGCAACUCAGUGAAGAAAAGAGACGCAGGCGCAAAUCAUUGCAUCAACAACACACUGAAAAAACGAAGGAUAUUGAGAACUGGGAAGACAGGGAACUCAAGCAGUUGUUGUCCUGGUUGUCAACGGCUAACGAUGAUGACAAUAAACAUUUUAACCAAAUAAUGGCAUACAAAGAUAUAGCAUCGGCGUAUUCAAGAUUUCAUAGCAUGAUACUGCAAAAGAUAUCACCUCGUUUCUCUAAAAGUGAGCGCGAUGACGUCAAAAGAAGAAAUGAAAAAGAAAAACAGACUCUUCGCCCAUCACUAGUCUCAAGUGCAAGUGGUAGUGGAACUGAAUCGAGUAAUAUGUUAAACUAUAUGGAGCCAGAAUUUACCGGUGACACUGAAAACGAACCUGAAUACAAAGAGGGAUCGAAUGUCGAUCUCGAAUGACCACGAACCGCAGCACUCUUUCAUGGAAAGUAUCUUUUAUGGUAAAUAACUCAAAUUGUCAUACCUCCAAACUUAAAUACAUGUCACGUGUCGUGGGUCAAAACUCAGUAACUCCCUAGGAAAACAAGAUCAGGUCUUGCACCGUGAGACCGCGGCAAAUUUGUGUGCUAGUCGGCGUGAAGGAAAGAAAUUUUUCGCAGUUUUUCUUUAUUUGAGUUGGGAGGUAUAACAAAACACUUAAAGACUGGCCCCAAGGGAAACAGCGUGUUUUGUUUCCCACGACGGGAACAAUUAGGGUCUCGAUGCGGGGAAACACAAACCUCACUGUUUCUCUUGGGGCCAGUCAUUAAAUGCUUAUUAGGCAAGUCAAAUGUUGAAAAUGUGUUGCCUUCAACUAGAACCAUAAAAGCUCUCUUAAGGCUUUUAUCUUUCUUGCCCUUCAAUUUUGAAAUACUUUUUUAUUUCUAAGGUGGUAGCCCAGUACAAUUUUUGAAAAGGAAUAGAAUCUCUAGUUUUUCAGAAUUCAAACUGAAAAAAUUGACGAUUUUAUUACUUACUUAUCAGUUGAGAUGCGUUCCUAAAUAUUAACAGGAAUCAAACCAUAAACGUUCUCUACGUACACACUCUAAACUCUAUUUAUGAUUUUAAAAAGCUGCGCUUGACAUACUUAGCUUUCUUUUUCCGGCUUCCAAGAUCGUAUAACAAAAGAGCAAAAAAACUAAAUUUGAAAUAAUUAGUAGGAUAUUUUUAUUGUUGAUAUGUUGUUUUUUUUUAAAUUCUUUAACCGAAUUCUUAUUUGCUUUGCAACUAUUUUGUAAUGGAAUUGUUCUCUUGAUGGGAAACGCUUUUAACAUAUUUUAUAACACAUUUGCUGAUAGUCUUAGCUUACGAAACCGGCCUCAAGAGUCCUCCUGGGCCCGAUGAGGAUGAGUGAGUGAGCUUACGAAAACUAUGUUUAUUCGCAUUGCUGACAGCCACCGUAAUUUCACGUUAUUUUACUCUACUAGUUGAUUACUUUGUUUAACGAAAAUCUUUCGAAAACGCCGCCGUUAUGAUGUAUACAGUACAAUGUUUGGAAAAAACAUUGAUUUUGUUAAUGUAAAUAAAUGCGAAGAUUUAUUUUCUUAA